AUGCUGGCUUCGAUUGUUUCGAGACGCGGGUCUCUUGCUGUUCUGGCCCGGACGAGGCAGUCAUGUGGCUGGUGCAUGACUGGCAGUAGACUUGCGGCCGUGCCGGUGAGAUUCUACAGCGACUCGGGCUCGCUGACCAGAGAACAGGCACUGCAACGAAUUACACACAUGCUCGAGAGUUACAACAAGAUCAAGCCGGGCACGCCGUUGACAGAGAAGACGUCGCUGUCGCGCGACCUGGGACUGGACUCGUUGGAUUCCGUGGAAAUCAUGAUGGAGCUCGAGUACGAGUUCAGCAUCCAGAUCCCGGACCAGGUCCAGGACGCCAUAAAAACCAUCGGCCAGGCCGUGGACUACAUCGUUGGCCAGGUCGGCAAACAGUGA